UAGAACAAUGUGCAACUCAAAUUGAAGAGGCUACAGAUGUUGGAAUGGCAACCGCUGGCAGUGAAAUAGAACAAUGUGCAACUCAAAUGGAAGAGGCUGCAGAUGUUGGAUUGACAACCAGUGCAUGUGAAAUAGAACACAGUGCAACCCAAAUGGAAGAGGCUGCAGAUGUUGGAAUGACAACCGCUGGCAGUGAAAUAGAACAAUGUGCAACUCAAAUGGAAGAGGCGGCAGAUAUUGGAAUGACAACUGCUGCAAGUGAAAUAGAACAAUGUGCAACUCAAAUUGAAGCGGCUGCAGAUGUUAGAUUGACAACCAGUGCAUGUGAAAUAGAACACAGUGCAACCAAAAUGGAAGAGGCUGCAGAUGUUGGAAUGACAACCGCUGCAAGUGAAAUUGAACAAUGUGCAACUCAAAUUGAAGCGGCUGCAGAUGUUAGAUUGACAACCAGUGCAUGUGAAAUAGAACACAGUGCAACCAAAAUGGAAGAGGCUGCAGAUGUUGGAAUGACAACCGCUGCAAGUGAAAUUGAACAAUGUGCAACUCAAAUUGAAGCGGCUGCAGAUGUUAGAUUGACAACCAGUGCAUGUGAAAUAGAACACAGUGCAACCAAAUUGGAAGAGGCUGCAGAUGUUGGAAUGACAACCGCUGCAAGUGAAAUUGAACAAUGUGCAACUCAAAUUGAAGAGGCUGCAGAUGUUGGAUUGACAACCAGUGCAUGUGAAAUAGAACACAGUGCAACCCAAAUGGAAGAGGCGGCAGAUAUUGGAAUGACAACCGCUGGCAGUGAAAUAGAACAAUGUGUAACUCAAAUUGAAGAGGCUACAGAUGUUGGAAUGGCAACCGCUGGCAGUGAAAUAGAACAAUGUGCAACUCAAAUGGAAGAGGCUGCAGAUGUUGGAUUGACAACCAGUGCAUGUGAAAUAGAACACAGUGCAACCCAAAUGGAAGAGGCUGCAGAUGUUGGAAUGACAACCGCUGGCAGUGAAAUAGAACAAUGUGCAACUCAAAUGGAAGAGGCGGCAGAUAUUGGAAUGACAACUGCUGCAAGUGAAAUAGAACAAUGUGAAACUCAAAUUGAAGCGGCUGCAGAUGUUAGAUUGACAACCAGUGCAUGUGAAAUAGAACACAGUGCAACCAAAAUGGAAGAGGCUGCAGAUGUUGGAAUGACAACUGCUGCAAGUGAAAUUGAACAAUGUGCAACUCAAAUUGAAGUGGCUGCAGAUGUUGGAUUGACAACCAGUGCAUGUGAAAUAGAACACAGUGCAACCCAAAUGGAAGAGGCGGCAGAUAUUGGAAUGAAAACCGCUGCAAGUGAAAUAAAACAAUGUGCAACCCAAAUUGAAGUGGCUGCAGAUGUUGGAUUGACAACCGGUGCAUGUGAAAUAGAACACAGUGCAACCCAAAUGGAAGAGGCUGCAGAUGUUGGAAUGACAACCGCUGGCAGUGAAAUAGAACAAUGUGCAACUCAAAUUGAAGAGGCUACAGAUGUUGGAAUGGCAACCGCUGGCAGUGAAAUAGAACAAUGUGCAACUCAAAUUGAAGCGGCUGCAGAUGUUGGAUUGACAACCAGUGUAUGUGAAAUAGAACACAGUGCAACCCAAAUGGAAGAGGCUGCAGAUGUUGGAAUGGCAACCGCUGGCAGUGAAAUAGAACAAUGUGCAGCUCAAAUUGAAGAGGCUGCAGUUGUUGGAAUGGCAACCAGUGCAAGUGAAAUAGAACAAUGUGCAACUCAAAUUGAAGAGGCUGCAGAUGGUGGAAUGGCAACCGCUGGCAAUGAAAUAGAACAAUGUGCAACUCAAAUGGAAGAGGCUACAGAUGUUGGAAUGGCAACCGCUGCAAGUGAAAUAGAACAAUGUGCAACUCAAAUUGAAGAGGCUGCAGAUGUUGGAAUGGCAACCGCUGGCAAUGAAAUAGAACAAUGUGCAACUCAAAUGGAAGAGGCUACAGAUGUUGGAAUGGCAACCGCUGCAAGUGAAACAGAACAACGUGCAACUCAAAUUGAAGAUGCUGCAGAUGUUGGAAUGGCAACCGCUGCAAGUGAAACAGAACAACGUGCAACUCAAAUUGAAGAUGCUGCAGAUGUUGGAAUGGCAACCGCUGGCAGUGAAAUAGAGCUCAGUGCAACUCAAAUUGAAGAGGCGGCAGAUAUUGGAUUGACAACCAGUGCAUGUGAAAUAGAACACAGUGCAACUCAAAUGGAAGAGGCGGCAGAUAUUGGAUUGACAACCAGUGCAUGUGAAAUAGAACACAGUGCAACCCAGAUGGAAGAGGCUGCAGAUGUUGGAAUGGCAACCGCUGCAAGUGAAAUAGAACACAGUGCAACUCAAAUUGUAGAUGCUGCAGAUGUUGGAAUGGCAACCGCUGCAAGUGAAAUAGAACAAUGUGCAACUCAAAUUGAAGAGGCUGCAGAUGGUGGAAUGGCAACCGCUGCAAUGAAAUAGAACAAUGUGCAACUCAAAUUGAAGCGGCGGCAGAUGUUGGAAUGGCAACCGCUGGCAGUGAAAUAGAACAAUGUGCAACUCGAAUUGCAGCGGCGGCAGAUGUUGGAAUGGCAACCGCUGGCAGUGAAAUAGAACAAUGUGCAACUCGAAUUGCAGCGGCAGCAGAUGUUGGAAUGGCAACCGCUGCCAUUGAAAUAGAACAUUGUGCAACUCAAAUUGAAGCGGUGGCAGAUGUUGGAAUGGCAACCGCUGGCAGUGAACUAGAACAAUGUGCAACACAAAUUGAAGAUGCUGCAGAUGUUGGAAUG